GACUCAGAGGCAGAUAUCCACACAGCUUGCAGGCUCUGUGUGUGGGGAUCUGAAGUCAGAGGCCUGCAGUGAUUGGGAGAAGCCACUGGUACGGUAGCCAUGUCACUAGGUUCUUUGGCCUUCAUCCUCUUCUUGACUGUUGUUGCUGGUAUCAAGUGCAAUGGGACAGAAGUUUGUGCCGGAAGCCCUGGGAUCCCUGGCACUCCUGGAAACCAUGGUCUGCCCGGCAGAGAUGGGAGAGAUGGUAUCAAAGGAGAUCCUGGACCUCCAGGUCCCAUGGGUCCUCCUGGAGGAAUGCCAGGCCUUCCUGGACGUGAUGGGCUUCCUGGAGCCCCUGGUGCACCUGGAGAACAUGGAGACAAGGGAGAGCCUGGAGAAAGGGGCCCUCCAGGGUUUCCAGCUGACCUAGAUGAGGAGCUCCAGACUGAACUCUAUGAGAUCAAACAUCAGAUUCUGCAAACAAUGGGAGUCCUCAGCUUGCAAGGAUCCAUGCUGUCAGUGGGGGAUAAAGUCUUUUCUACCAAUGGGCAGUCGGUCAACUUUGACACCAUUAGAGAGAUGUGUAGCAGAGCAGGUGGCAACAUUGCUGUUCCGAGGAGUCCUGAGGAGAACGAGGCCAUCGCAAGCAUUGCAAAGAAGCACAACACCUAUGCCUACUUGGGUGUGAUUGAAGACCAGACUCCUGGAGACUUCCGCUACCUGGAUGGGGCUUCUGUGAACUACACCAACUGGUACCCAGGAGAGCCCAGGGGUCGGGGCAAGGAGAAAUGUGUAGAAAUGUAUACAGAUGGGAAAUGGAAUGAUAAGGGCUGCCUGCAGUACCGGCUGGCCAUUUGUGAAUUUUGAUGAAAAGAUAAAAACCUCAUAUUGUCUUUAAGCUUCUAUCUCGAUGAUCCAUCCGGUCUAUAAGACCCUGCAACUCCCUUUCAAGAAAAUUUACUUGUGACCAUCAGAAUUAGAAGCAUCCUUAGUCAUCCCAUCUCCCACACAGCCCCCAAACUCUUCUCCAUAUUCAUUAGUAAUCCUGAGUGUCCCCCUAGAGUCUCAUCUGAGCAUUCACUCAAGGCAGCCACUGUCAACCUUGGCCUUCACUGUGAUAAGAUGGAUGGAGACUUCCUUUUUCCUUAUCUUGUUCAGUCUUUAUUUAUAAAUGGUGGCCAUGAAGAAGCAGCAUGAAAGGGCCCUAUAAAUUACACAGAAAAUGCUUGCUCCCUGACCCUUCUACCCUUUUUUUGCAGCUCACUGUCCCAAGAUUUAGAAGUCCAGGGUAAACAUAAAAGAUAUCCGUAGGGGAUUUCUGUGAAAUGCCCAGCAUGUGGAUGUAGGCCACAUUCAGUGCCAUCUGUAUCCAUGGCUUUCAAGGCAAACAUUGUCUCUAAGAAGCCAGACAACCAGGUAGGGCUACAACACAGUACUGGGGAAACAUAACCUCCCUGGUUGGCAUGUAUGACCUCCUCUUUGGGUCUGGAGGUGCCAACUUGACCUCUUGACUUAACAGCAGCCACCCUGGGUUUUGAGAGAAUCACUUUCCCAGUCCAGACCCAAGUAAUUUCCUGCUAACAGACACAAUCUCAGUUCACUUUACAUCACUGAGGCAUUCAUGACACUAACUGAACUCUAUUUUCUCCUCUUAUGAACUCAGUCAGCUAUUCCACUAAAGCCAACUGCACUCCAGGUGUCAGGUCAUCUUCUGGGCUAUUUUCUUUGAGCCUACUUCUUCACUAUGGGAUACAAAUAAAGUAAUUAUUUCAUUUUCUCAACCUACCAAAAUCACUACUUAUAACAGUUACUAAAGCAAAGACUGAUCACAUGGUACAUACCAAGUACCUUGACAAGCACUGAUAACAUUUAUUAUUAGAUACCAUUUAAUCUUUAAAUGUGCCACAGAACCAGAUUAGGGGCAUGGGAGAUCAAAAGGUAUUAGGAAAAACAUGACAUCCGUGCUGGGGUCAAGGUAACUCCAGAUCUGCACCCAUAUGGUCCAUGCUGAGGAGUGACAUCAUCUUUUUCAUUUCUACUCAGCCACUGGGAUGGAAUCUACUGUGCCUUGGGUGGAGGUGGGACUCAAGGCACAGGUUUCUAUGAGUUAUCCUACUCUCAAAUGCGUCGGAUGGAUUAUGAGACCCAUCCUAGUCUCAGCUGUGUGGAAUGUGACUAUGAUCCAUACUCCAGGUAUCCAUCCAUAGGGGUGUAACUAUGCCUUGAGGGGACAGCUACCUAUUCAUCUUAUCUCUAGAAGUCUCCUGUGCUCCUCUCAUGUGACACUCUUCCCACAUUUCCAUCUUUUCUUGGGCAAAAGGAAGCCCAGGAACAGCCAGCUGGAGAACUGCUACUUACACUUUCAUGAAUAUUAACUGCCCAGCUGACCUUUCCACCUGUGUGCUGAGGACUCAACAUAUAAGCUGUUGAGGGUUUGCAGAGAUCAAAAGAGCCAGAAAAAGAUACAUAUUCUCAGUUUUAUAGAUCAGCAGUCUAAAGCUUUAAAAGCCGACACUGCCCUAUUUCCCAUUAGAUCUAUAUUUUUAUGACAUUACUUGCUAUUGCAACUAUAUUGUUUUUGAAAACAUUUUUAGUGAGUUAUUGCUGGUUUGGGGGAAAAUGAUUUUUUAAAAAUUGAUCAUAUACUCAACCAUCUUUUUGGAUUCUUACUUUUCCUGUAAUACUUUCAAUG